UUUUUUAAUUUGUAGAUCGGAAAAAAAAAAUGAAGUUCUUGGUUUACCCUGAUUUUAGCUUGGAGAAAAAAACAGAGAUUUCAUGGAUAAUUCUGAUUCUCAGAUUUCGGGUGAUUUAAGCUCCAUCCCUUCUGCCAAAAUUUGGAUGCUCCUUUAAAUAGUUUAAUCUGGGCUUCAAGAUCGAGCCUUUGAAUCCUAAUACAUGAAAUGUGGAAAAUUUUCUAUUAUAUAUGUUAUAUUGAGCACAAUCAUUCUUUUGGGUCUUUUCUAUUACUUAUCCACAAAUUAUUAGAAUUUAAAUUGGCAUUUGAAGCUUGAAAUGUCUUAGGUGAUAUAUCUGACAAGUGACAAGUUGUGAUUUGUGGUAGAUACCAAAUUCUUUAGAGUCAGCCUCACUAGUUUCUGAACCUCCUGAUAUUAGAAACUGGUUUGGAAGCUAUGUAUAUAAGUCUCCUGUGUUGGACACAAGUGAUGAUUUCAAGAGCUCAGCUAACCACAAAACAGCAUAUCUUGGACGCUCAUAAUUCAUCAUCUUACCUUCCUGAUGCUUUCUACAUCCUGUUCACUUGUAGCAAGAAGACAUUGGGAGAAUGCAAGGGCAGAACUGUGGCGUGAGGAGCUGAGCUGAUUGAGGAGAUUGAGCAAAAGGUAGAAGGGCUCCAAGAACUUGAGGAAGCCGGUCAAAAGUAGCAACUUAUUCAGUCAAAUGCAUAUAUAUGCACUUUACUCAAACAUCACUGUAUCUAGUUCUUCAACCUGGCUUCCAUAUGAUAGGGAAAAACGAAGCUAAGAAAAUAUUUUACAGCAA